AUGGGUUCGAAAUGCUGGUUCGUCCUUUCACAGACGCACUAUCCUCCGCCGGAAAUACCCAAAACCGGAUUCGGGCCUUCACGAGGCCCGAUUUGUCUAGGACACCUGAUACCUGACCUCCGACAUCUCGACAACAUCAUCAAUCGAGACGAACCGCUCGACAUCCCGCCGAACAUGCCGAUUCAUCCGAGCAAGGCGUGGGGGCUAAACCGGCAGAUGGACACUGGCCGCGGUGCAGAGAUUACCGCGACGGCCAGCGCGCCCAUCGCUGCGGCUGCCGGGGUGACGCUUAAGCUAGAUGCCGGGUUUGCUUUCGACAAGAGUGUCAGCAAUCAUUGGGAAUUCGAAGCUCUCGAGACGUUCAUUAUCCAACCUACCAAUAAUUUCGUCGAGGAAAGUGUCAGUACAAAUGAAGUUCGCGACCAUCUCAAGAAGCAAGCAGCAAUGGUCCCUACGCUGGGACGCGAUGCGCUCCAACUCGCAAACCAUGGCCUGCGAACUAUCUCCGAUACGGUAUCUGAACUCUUCAGGAGUGGUAAUACCCCGAAAGCAUUCCUGGUCAAUCUGAGGGUUCAGCUGGUUUUCAUAGCUGAGUGGCUCAAGGAGACGAGAGGGCUCGAGCUCCCAAAUAAUGUCGACCGCGUUCUGAAGCUUUUAGCUCUCCUGGAGGAGCUGGGUCAAGUAGGUUCAUAG